AUGGAAUGCUCGCCCGCGGAAACCGCGCCCGCUGUCUCCGCCCCCCCGCCUUCGCCUGCUGCCGCUACAGCGCCUUCGGGUGGCAGCCGCGAGGACGUCUCUUCUGCUAUCUCGUCUUCUCCCCUCCAUGCCUCUGUGCGCCCCUCCCGUGAGGCCUCUGAGGCGUCGCCCGCCGCCGCACUGCCUUCGGCGGCGCUGCCGGAUGCCCGCGGCGACGCAGAGGCGACUUGCGAGCAGGAGGGGAACAGAGACAGGUGCAAGGCGAGUAAAAAACCCAAGCGCGCCUUCAACUGGGACGGCGUGCCGACUGGUCACUUCCUGCUCAAGUUUGCCUACGACGGAAGCGCAUACUCGGGUGUCGCGUUUCAGGGAGAGGGCUCGGGUGUACGUACAGUGGAGGACGCACUCUUCGAGGCACUGGAGAAGACCUGCCUCAUUCGGGACCGAAACAGUUGCAACUUCUCGCGAUGCGGCCGAACUGACAAGGGUGUGCACGCUGCGGGAAACUGUAUAUCUAUAACUCUGCGUGUCAAAGAGCCGUCAAAGCGUCUUUAUCCCGAAGAGAACUACGACUACGUCGCGGUUCUGAACGCGGUGCUUCCGGGUGACAUUCGCAUCCUCGCGUCCGCGCCUGUUCCUGCCGGAUUUGACGCAAGGUUUGACUGCACAGGCCGCGUGUACAAGUAUUUCUUCCAUUCGGCAGGCCUCGACCUCGCGCGCAUGCACAGGGCCGCGCAGUGCUUCAUUGGCGAGCAUAAUUUUCGCUAUUUUUGCAAGCUCGACCCGAGACAGUACCGCUGCCCUCGGAGGACACUGACAUCCUUCCGCGUCGAGCCUGCAGGCGACGGUGCGUGUGCGGUUGCGACGAUUGCUGGGCGGUCUUUUCUUUGGCAUCAAGUUCGCUUCAUGAUGGCCGCCCUGAUGAAGGUCGGGCGGGGAGAGUGCGGCGAGGACUUCAUCGUCUCGCUGCUCCAGCGAGGUGCAGAAGAAGAAAAGGAAGAGGAAAACGGGGAAGCACCAGAAAGAAUAGAGGAUACCGACGCACAGGAAGCGAGCAAGCCUGGGGCGCCAGGCUGCGCAGUCGCCCACGGGCACUGUGAAGGCGCGCCAGGAGGGGCGGGGGCCUCUAGCAAGAAGGAGAAAGUGAAGGUGAAGACCUUUUCUGCGGGCUUGGCGCCGGCGGCUGCAGGCUGUUUGGUGCUUUUCAACUGUCUCUUCGACGGCGUGCAGUGGGACGGCGUCCAGCCCUGCACGCCCAGCGGGGAGGAUCCGAGCGCCACUCAGGGCGAGGCGACGGCCGAGCGUCGCGCCGCGACGACGCAGAGAGAGAAAAAGCGGAAAUUGGAGCCGCGCGAGACCUUCCAGAAUCAGUAUCGCAAGGCCCUCGAGCGUGUCCAGGUCCUCAAGUGCUUGGGAGGCAUCUCCUAA